GGAAGGGGGUGGCUGGUGGACGUCACCACUUGGGUUUUAUCUGCCUGGCUGCAGGGAGUCCGCAGUCCCUGGGCCAGUCAGCAGCAAGCCGGGGCAGAGCUGCGGCAACCCCAUCAGUGCAGCAGCCACUGGAGAGCAUGGCCUAGGGCUGGCGGCUGCUGUGUGCCUGUUUCCCAAGGGACCUUGGAGAUACCUGCAGCCCCAUUUGCAGGGGAAGAUGAUUCCUGCCAGGCUGGCGAGGGUGCUGCUUGCUCUGGUCCUCACCUUGCCAGGGACCCUUUGUGCAGAAAGGUCACUUGGCAGGUCACCAAUGGCCCGAUGUAGCCUCUUUGGAGACGACUUCAUCAGCACCUUUGAUGAGAGCAUGUACAGCUUUGCUGGAGACUGCAGUUACCUCCUGGCCGGGGACUGCCAGAAACAUUCCUUCUCGCUCAUAGGGGACUUCCAAAAUGGCAAGAGAGUGAGCCUCUCCGUGUAUCUCGGGGAAUUUUUUGACAUCCAUUUGUUUGUCAAUGGUACUGUGCUGCAAGGGGACCAGAGUGUCUCCAUGCCCUAUGCCUCCAAGGGGCUGUAUCUAGAAACGGAGGCUGGGUACUACAAGCUGUCCAGUGAGGCCUAUGGCUUUGCGGCCAGGAUGGAUGGCAGUGGCAGCAUCCAAAUCCUGCUGUCAGACAGAUACUCCAACAAGACCUGUGGGCUGUGUGGCAACUUUAACAUCUUUGCUGAAGAUGACUUUAGGACUCAAGAAGGGAGUCUGACCUCGGACCCCUACGACUUUGCCAACUCCUGGGCCAUGAGCAGCGGAGAACAGCGGUGCAAACGGGCAUCCCCUUCCAGUAGCUCUUGCAACGCCUCUGAGGAAAUGAAGGGCCUGUGGGAGCAGUGCCAGCUGCUGAAGAGGGACUCGGUGUUCACCCGCUGCCACCCCCUGGUGGACCCCGAGCCCUUCGUGGCCCUGUGUGAGAGGACUCUGUGCACCUGCACCCAGGGGCUGAGGUGCCCCUGUGCGGCCCUCCUGGAGUAUGCCCGGGCCUGCGCCCACCAGGGGAUGGUGCUGUACGGCUGGACCGAGCACAGCGAAUGCCGACCGGCGUGCCCUGCUGGCAUGGAGUACAAGGAGUGUGUGUCCCCUUGCACCAGGACCUGCCAGAGCCUGAAAAUCAACGAAGUGUGUCAGGAGCAAUGUGUGGACGGCUGCAGCUGCCCUGAGGGACAGCUCCUUGAUGAAGGCCGCUGUGUGGAAAGCACGGAGUGUUCCUGUGUGCAUUCUGGGAAGCGGUACCCUCCAGGUGCCUCCCUCUCGAGAGACUGCAACACCUGGUCAGGCCAGCACAUCAUCGUUCAUAGUCAAGGCUUCCCUCCACUCCAUCUCUACAUCCCGACCCAGCUGCCCACGUGGGCCCAGGAUCGGGAUGACAUCGACUCUGACCUCAUGAAGUCAGGAGAGUGUAUCAUCACAGGACAGUCCCACUUCAAGAGCUUUGAUGACAGGUAUUUCACCUUCAGUGGGGUCUGCCAGUACCUGCUGGCCCGGGACUGCCAGGACCACUCCUUCUCCAUUGUCAUAGAGACCGUGCAGUGCGCCGAUGACCCUGAUGCUGUCUGCACCCGCUCAGUCACUGCCCGCCUGCCCAGCCUGCACAACAGCCUGGUGAAGCUGAAGCAUGGGGGAGGAAUUGCCAUAGAUGGCCAGGAUGUCCAGCUACCCCUCCUGCAAGGUGACCUCCGCAUCCAGCACACCGUGUUGGCCUCUGUGCGCCUCAGCUACGGGGAAGACCUGCAGAUGGACUGGGAUGGCCGCGGGAGACUGCUGGUGAAGCUGUCCCCGGUCUACGCGGGGAGGACCUGCGGCCUGUGCGGGAACUACAACGGCAACAAGGGCGACGACUUCCGCACGCCCGCGGGCCUGGUGGAGCCCCUGGUGGAGGACUUCGGGAACGCGUGGAAGCUGCACGCGGACUGCGCGGACCUGCGGCAGCAGCACAGCGACCCCUGCAAGCUCAACCCGCGCCUGGCCAAGUUCGCGGAGGAGGCGUGCUCUCUCCUGACGUCCCCCAAGUUCGAGGCCUGCCACCACGCCGUGGGCCCGCUGCCCUACCUGCAGAACUGUCACUACGACGUCUGCUCCUGCUCCGACGGCCGGGACUGCCUGUGCAGCGCCGUGGCCAACUACGCCGCUGCCUGUGCCCGGAAAGGGGUGCACGUCGCGUGGCGGGAGCCCAGCUUCUGUGCGCUGAGCUGCCCACAGGGUCAGGUGUACCUGCAGUGUGGGACCCCCUGCAACAUGACCUGCCGCUCCCUCUCUUACCCGGAUGAGGAAUGCACCGAGCUCUGCCUGGAGGGCUGCUUCUGUCCCCCGGGGCUCUACCUGGAUGAGAGGGGAGACUGCGUGCCCAAGUCCCAGUGCCCCUGUUACUAUGAUGGUGAGAUCUUCCAGCCUGAAGACAUCUUCUCAGACCACCACACCAUGUGCUACUGUGAGGACGGCUUCAUGCACUGCAGCACGAGCGGAGCCCCGGGAAGCCUGUUGCCACAGCACAUUGUCUUCAGCGGUCCCCUCGGUCCCCUGUCUCACCGCAGUAAAAGGAGCUUGUCCUGCCGGCCCCCCAUGGUCAAGUUGGUGUGUCCUGCUGACAACCCGCGGGCUGAAGGGCUGGAGUGUGCCAAAACCUGCCAGAACUACGACCUGGAGUGCAUGAGCACGGGCUGCGUCUCCGGCUGCCUCUGUCCCCCGGGCAUGGUCCGGCAUGAAAACAGAUGCGUGGCCCUGGAAAGGUGUCCCUGCUUCCACCAGGGCAAGGAGUAUGCUCCCGGAGAGACGGUGAAGAUCAACUGCAACACUUGUGUCUGUCGGGACCGGAAGUGGAACUGCACGGACCAUGUGUGUGAUGCCACGUGCUCCACCAUCGGCGUGGCCCACUACCUCACCUUCGAUGGGCUCAAAUACAUGUUCCCCGGGGAGUGCCAGUACGUUCUGGUGCAGGAUUACUGUGGCAGUAACCCUGGGACCUUUCGGAUUCUGGUUGGGAACGAGGGAUGUGGCUACCCCUCAGUGAAAUGCAAGAAGCGGGUCACCAUCCUGGUGGAAGGAGGAGAGAUUGAACUGUUCGAUGGAGAGGUGAAUGUGAAGAGGCCCAUGAAGGAUGAAACUCACUUUGAGGUGGUGGAGUCUGGCCGGUACAUCAUUCUGCUGCUGGGCAAGGCGCUCUCUGUGGUCUGGGACCACCACCUGACUAUCUCCGUGGUGCUGAAGCAGACAUACCAGGAGCAGGUGUGUGGCCUCUGUGGGAAUUUCGACGGCGUCCAGAACAAUGACUUUACCGGCAGCAAUCUCCAAGUUGAGGAAGACCCCGUGGACUUUGGGAAUUCCUGGAAAGUGAGCCCGCAGUGUGCUGACACCAGGAAAGUGCCGCUGGACUCGUCCCCUGCCACCUGCCACAACAACAUCAUGAAGCAGAGCAUGGUGGACUCCUCCUGUAGGAUUCUCACCAGUGACCUUUUCCAGGACUGCAACAAGCUGGUGGACCCCGAGCCAUUCCUGGAUGUUUGUAUCUAUGACACCUGCUCCUGUGAGUCUAUUGGGGACUGUGCCUGCUUCUGCGACACCAUUGCUGCCUAUGCUCAUGUGUGUGCCCAGCACGGCAAGGUGGUGAACUGGAGGACAGCUACGUUGUGUCCCCAGAACUGUGAGGAGAGGAAUAUCCGGGAGAAUGGGUACGAGUGUGAGUGGCGCUACAACAGCUGUGCCCCUGCCUGUCCCAUCACGUGCCAGCACCCCGAGCCACUGGCCUGCCCCGUGCAGUGUGUGGAGGGCUGCCAUGCACACUGCCCUCCAGGAAAAAUCCUGGACGAGCUUUUGCAGACCUGUGUUGACCCCAGAGACUGCCCCGUGUGCGAGGUGUCUGGCCGGCGCCUGCCCCCCGGAAAGAAAGUCACCUUGAACCCCGGCGAUCCUGAGCACUGCCAGAUUUGUCACUGUGAUGGUGUCAACCUCACCUGUGAAGCUUGCAGGGAACCUGAAGGCCUAGAGGUGCCCCCCACGGAAGGCCCGGUCAGCCCCACCACCCCGUAUGUGGAGGACACCCCCGAGCCGCCGCUGCACGACUUCUUCUGCAGCAAGCUGCUGGACCUGGUCUUCCUGCUGGACGGCUCCUCCAAGCUGUCCCCGGCCGAGUUCGAGGUGCUGAAGGUCUUUGUGGUGGACAUGAUGGAGCGCCUGCACAUCUCCCAGAAGCGGAUCCGCGUGGCGCUGGUGGAGUACCACGAGGGCUCCCACGCCUAUAUCCAGCUCAGGGACCGGAAGCGGCCCUCGGAGAUGCGGCGCCUCGCCAGCCAGGUGAAGUACGCAGGCAGCGCAGUGGCCUCCACCAGCGAGGUCCUCAAGUACACGCUGUUCCAAAUCUUCGGCAAGAUCGACCGCCCCGAGGCCUCCCGCAUCGCCCUGCUCCUGACGGCCAGCCAGGAGCCCCAGAAGUUGGGCCGGAACUUGGUCCGCUACGUCCAGGGCCUGAAGAAGAAGAAGGUCAUCGUGGUCCCGGUGGGCAUCGGGCCGCACGCCAACCUCAAGCAGAUCCGCCUCAUCGAGAAGCAGGCCCCCGAGAACAAGGCGUUUGUGCUCAGCAGCGUGGACGAGCUGGAGCAGCAAAGGGACGAGAUUAUCAACUACCUCUGUGACCUCGCGCCCGAGGCGCCGGCCCCGACUCAGCCCCCUCCUAUGGCCCAAGUCACCGUGGGUCCGGAGCACUUGGGGGUUUCGACGCUGGGGCCCAAGAGGAACUCCAUGGUUCUGGAUGUGGUGUUUGUUCUGGAAGGGUCGGACCAAAUCGGCGAGGCCAACUUCAACAGGAGCAAGGAGUUCCUGGAGGCGGUGAUCCGGCGGAUGGAGGUGGGCCAGGAGAGCAUCCACGUCACGGUGCUGCAAUACUCGUACACGGUGACCGUGGAGACCACCUUCCGCGAGACACAGUCCAAGCAGGACGUCCUGCAGCGGGUGCGGGAGAUCCGCUACCAGGGCGGCAACAGCACCAACACGGGGCUGGCCCUGCAGUACGUGUCGGAGCACACCUUCUCGGCCAGCCUGGGGGACAGGGAGCAGGCACCUAACCUGGUCUACAUGGUCACCGCGAACCCCGCCUCUGAUGUGAUCAAGCGGAUGCCUGGUGACAUCCAGGUGGUGCCCAUCGGCGUGGGCCCUCAUGCCAACGUGCCGGAGCUGGAGAGGAUUGGCUGGCCCAAUGAGCCCAUCCUCAUCCAGGACUUCGAGACGCUCCCCCGAGAGGCCCCUGACUUGGUGUUGCAGAGGUGCUGCUCCGGAGAGGGGCUGCAGAUCCCCACCCUCUCCCCCGCCCCAGACUGCAGCCAGCCCCUGGAUGUGAUCCUCCUCCUGGACGGCUCCUCUGGCUUUCCAGCUUCUUACUUUGAUGAAAUGAAGAGUUUUGCCAAGGCUUUCAUUUCAAAAGCCAAUAUCGGGCCUCAGCUCACGCACGUGUCCGUGCUGCAGUACGGGAGCAUCACCACCGUCGAUGUGCCCUGGAACGUGGCCCAGGAGAAGACCCAGUUGCUGGGCCUCGUGGACCAAAUGCAGCAGGAGGGAGGCCCCAGCCAAAUUGGGGAUGCUCUGGGCUUUGCUGUGCGAUACAUCACGUCGGAAGGCCAUGGUGCCAGGCCGGGCGCCUCUAAGGCGGUGGUCAUCCUGGUCAUGGGCGCCUCCACAGACUCCGUGGCUGCAGCUGCCGAGGCCGCCAGAUCCAACCGAGUGACAGUGUUCCCUAUCGGAAUCGGGGAUCGGUAUGACCCAGCCCAGCUGAAGAUCUUAGCAGGCCCAGGCGCCAGCUCCAACGUGGUGAAGCUCCAGCACAUCGAAGACCUCCCUACCAUAGUCACCCUGGGCAAUUCCUUCCUCCACAAGCUGUGCUCUGGGUACAUUGGAGUUUGCAUGGAUGAGGAUGGAAAUGAGAAGAGGCCUGGGGAUGUCUGGACCUUGCCAGACCAGUGCCACACAGUGACAUGCCUGCCGGAUGGCCAGACCUUGCUGAAUAGUCAUCGGGUCAACUGUGAACGGGGGCCAAAGCCUUCAUGCCCCAACAGCCAGUCCCCUGUCAGAGUGGAAGAGACCUGUGGCUGCCGCUGGACCUGCCCCUGUGUGUGCAUGGGCAGCUCUACCCGGCACAUCGUGACCUUUGAUGGGCAGAAUUUCAAGCUGACGGGCAGCUGUUCGUAUGUUCUAUUUCAAAACAAGGAGCAGGACCUGGAGCUGAUUCUCCAUAAUGGUGCAUGCAGCCCUGGGGCGAGGCAGGCAUGCAUGAAGUCCAUUGAGGUGAAACAUAACGGCCUCUCGGUUGAGCUCCACAGCGACAUGGAGGUGGGGGUGAAUGGGAUUCUGGUCUCUGUCCCUUACAUGGGUGGGGACAUGGAAGUCAACAUCUAUGGUGCCAUCAUGUAUGAGAUCAGAUUCAAUCAUCUUGGCCACAUCUUCACAUUCACUCCACAAAACAACGAGUUCCAGCUGCAACUCAGCCCCAAGACCUUUGCUUCAAAGAUGUAUGGUCUCUGUGGGAUCUGUGAUGAGAAUGGGGCCAAUGACUUUAUGCUGAGGGAUGGCACGGUCACCACAGACUGGAAAAGGCUCGUCCAGGAUUGGACUGUGCAGCAGCCGGGGAAGACAUGCCAACCUGUUCCCGAGGAGGAGUGUCCCAUCUCCAGCACCUCCCACUGCCAGGUCCUCCUCUCUGCACUGUUUGCUGAGUGCCACAAGGUCUUUGCUCCAGCCACAUUUUAUGCCAUGUGCCAGCAGGACAGUUGCCACCUGGAGCAAGUGUGUGAGGCGAUCGCCUCUUAUGCCCACCUCUGUCGGACUAAUGGGGUCUGUGUUGACUGGAGGACAACUGAUUUCUGUGCUAUGUCCUGCCCACCAUCCCUGGUGUACAACCACUGUGAGCAUGGCUGCCCCCGGCACUGUGAGGGCAAUUCAAGUUCCUGUGGGAACCAUCCCUCGGAAGGUUGCUUCUGCCCCUCACACCAAGUCAUGCUGGAAGGUAGCUGUGUCCCCGAGGAGGCCUGCACCCACUGUGUCGGUGAGGAUGGAGUCCGGCACCAGUUCCUGGAAACCUGGGUCCCAGACCACCAGCCCUGCCAGAUCUGCACGUGCCUCAGUGGGCGGAAGGUCAACUGCACCUCGCACCCCUGCCCCACGGUCAGAGUUCCCACAUGUGGCCCAUGUGAAGUGGCUCGCCUCCACCAGAACGCAGACCAGUGCUGCCCGGAGUAUGAAUGUGUGUGUGACCUGGUGAGCUGUGACCUGCCCCCAGUGCCUCACUGUGAAGGUGGCCUCCAGCCAACAUUGACCAAUCCCGGCGAGUGCAGACCCAACUUCACCUGCGCCUGCAGGAAGGAGGAGUGCAGAAGGGAGUCCCCACCCUCAUGUCCCCCACACCGGACACCGACCCUUCGGAAGACCCAGUGCUGUGAUGAGUAUGAGUGUGCUUGUAACUGUGUCAACUCUACGGUGACCUGCCCUCUGGGGUACUUGUCCUCGGCCAUCACCAAUGACUGUGGCUGCACCACAAUCACCUGCCUUCCUGACAAGGUGUGUGUCCACCGAGGCACUGUCUACCCUAUUGGACAGCUCUGGGAGGAGGGCUGUGAUAUAUGCACCUGCACUGACAUGGAGGAUGCUGUGAUGGGUCUGCGUGUGGCUCAGUGCUCUCAGAAGCCCUGUGAAGAAAGCUGCCAGUUGGGCUUCACUUAUGUCCUACAUGAAGGCGAAUGCUGUGGAAGGUGCCUGCCAUCUGCCUGUGAGGUGGUGAUUGGCUCACCACGGGGGGACUCCCAGUCGUACUGGAAGGAUGUUGGCUCUCACUGGGCCUCCCCGGAGAACCCCUGCCUCAUCAAUGAGUGUGUCCGAGUGAAGGAGGAGGUCUUUGUGCAACAGAGGAACGUCUCCUGCCCCCAGCUGGAUGUCCCCACCUGCCCCGUGGGCUUCCAGCUGAGCUGUGCGAGCUCAGAGUGCUGCCCCACCUGCCACUGCGAGCCUGUGCAGGCCUGCAUGCUCAAUGGCACCAUCAUUGGGCCUGGGAAGACUAUGAUGAUUGACGUGUGCACGACUUGCCACUGCACCGCCCAGGUGGGGAUCAUCUCCGGAUUCAAGCUGGAGUGCAGCAAGACCACCUGUACGGCCUGCCCCGAGGGUUACAAGAAAGAGAAUAUCCCAGGUGAAUGCUGCUGGAGAUGUCUGCCUGUGGCUUGCACCAUUCAGCUAAGGGGAGGACAAAUCAUGACUCUGCAGCGUGAUGAGAUGUUCCAGGAUGGCUGUGACAGUCACUUCUGCAAGGUCAACGAGAGAGGAGAGUACAUCUGGGAAAAGAGGGUCACAGGCUGCCCGCCCUUCGAUGAACACAAAUGUCUGGCCCAGGGAGGGAAAAUCAUGAAAAUUCCAGGCACCUGCUGUGACACAUGUGAGGAGCCUGAUUGCAAGGAUAUCAUUGCCAGGCUGCAGUAUGUCAAAGUGGGAAGCUGUAAGUCCGAAGAGGAAGUGGACAUUCAUUACUGCCAGGGUAAAUGUGCCAGCAAAGCACUAUACUCCAUCGAAACGGAGGAUGUGCAGGACCAGUGCUCCUGCUGCUCCCCGACGCGGACAGAGCCCAUGCAGGUGCCCCUGCGCUGCACCAACGGCUCCAUCGUCUACCAUGAGGUCCUCAAUGCCAUGCAGUGCAGGUGCUCCCCCAGGAAGUGCAGCAAGUGAGGCCCCUGCCAUGGGCACCCAAUGCCGCCUGCCUUGCCAACCUGCCAGAGUGCUGCCCGGUCCUCUGUAUCCUCUGCUCUCAUGCCCUCCCGGGCCCACAAUAAAGGCCAAUCUCUCAUCUUGCAAAAGG